AUGGGUUUGAGAGACGCUAGAGGGACAGUGGUGUUACACAGCCGUAGAACCUUUGGUGGUUAUGAAACGGAGGCCGACUUCAAGCUUGGAGUGAUGAUUUGGGGUAUUGAAAGCAUGAGAAGUCAUAGGAAGGAGAGAGUAAUCUUCUCUGCUCAGCAUACAGAUUUGAUGGGAGCAGUCUUAAGGCUUAAAGCAUGGCCAAAUUUCAGAUAUCAUGUUCAUGUUUUGUUACAAGCUUUAUCUCCUAUGUUGGAAUGGAUAUUUGAAGUGGCGAAUGCAGGUUCAAAUCGGGGAGUGUUUCUUAUAGCAUUAAGUGUAACCAAGGAUUAUAGGAAUCACUCCUAUGUAUCCAUCGGUUAUCCUUCUCGAAUCAUCGGUUUGACAUUGCCUUAG